GCCGCGGCGCCGCGCCGGGCCGUAUGUGCAUGCGGAUUGAACGGAACGUACGUGGGGUGAUCGUCGGAACUGCAUUGAAACAUUUUGCUUGUAUCUUCAGAUGUGGAUAUGGCCGGAAAGCCUGUUUUGUAUUCCUACUUUCGAAGCUCUUGUUCAUGGCGAGUUAGAAUUGCUUUGGCAGUCAAGGGCAUAGAGUAUGAAUAUGCAGCAGUGAAUUUACUGAAGUCAGAACACAAGGGAGAGAAAUACCUGUCACUGAAUCCAAACGGUCAGGUUCCAGCCAUGCAUAUUGAUGGAAUGGUGCUAACGCAGUCCAAUGCCAUCAUUGAGUACCUUGAUGAGACUCGAGAGGGACCAUCCUUGCUACCUAAAGAUCCUAAGAAACGAUUCGCUGCUCGACAACUGUCUCAGAUCAUUUCUUGUGGUAUUCAGCCCCUUCAGAAUUUAAGUGUUUUACGUUACAUUGGUGAGGAGAGGAAAGUAGAAUGGGCUCAGAAGGUGAUUUCAGAUGGUUUUGAGACAUUUGAGAAGAUUGUUGAGCAAACAGCAGGGAAGUACUGUGUUGGGGAUGACAUCACCAUGGCAGAUCUUUGCCUUGUACCUCAAGUCUUUAAUGCUAACAGGUUCAAAGUGAAUAUGUCCAACUACCCUAUUAUUUCAAGAAUUAAUGCUGCUUUACUGGAACUAGAUGCUUUCAGUGUGGCCCACCCCUCCAAGCAACCUGACUGCCCAGAUGACUUGAGAUAAACAGGAAAUCUGUGGCUGUUGAUGGCAAGGAUAAACAUGGAUGUGAGUGGGUAAAUUCAAGAGGCAUGGGGUGUUAAUAUGGUAUUUGGUUUUGGACUCUUAGAUCAGUGUUACUUGGUUUCUAUACAAUGAGUCAAUUUUGUAUUUCAAAAAGGCAAGGUCAUUUGAGGACAAAAUGUCUGACUUCAUGCCAGCGUAAACAUUGCAUAUAGGGCCAAUGCAUAUUCAUAGCUGUACUUGAAUGAUCUUUAAUACUUUGUGCAUGUUCUGUCUGUAUACCUAUCUCGCACAUUUCCUUUGGAGAAUUUAGGGAUUUCCAGCGUAAACAUGUUGAAUUUGAAUUCUGUUUCUUUGUCACUCUGAUGUGUUAUUUGCUUUUAUACUACUUCCAAGUAAAACCCCGCCAUCUGAUUGGUGAACCACAGAUCAUGUGACAUGAAAUAUUCUGACCAAUACAUGGUGUGCAUGCACCACAAAACAAUAUGUAAUGCAACAACUGGCAAAAACUGUGCGUUUGCAAAAACCCAACUUAGCAUUAUUUACACACAUUUCUGUGGAUGGCGUUGACCUUUGUCUGAAAUUCUCAGUUAAAUUUUGAAUUUUUGUUAUUAUAGCUCUUUUAUAAAAUGCAUGUAUGGUAGAAUUGGUAGAAAUUCGUUCUGAAUUCUCCACCAGGGAGAUUAACAUUGAAUAUUGACAUGAUUUUGCCUGGAGCUACAAUUGUAGAAUUUAAUGGCCUGUACCUCUACCAGUAGUUGCUGGACAAGGCUUUAUGCAUGUUUUAUACGAUUUGGUGCAAAGUGCUGUCAGUGAUAGGAUUUGGCAGAGAACACAGUGCUGUGAGUGAUAGGAUUUGGCACACAACACAGUGCUGUCCGUGAUAUGAUUUGACACAGAACACAGUGGUGUCAGUGAUAGGAUUUGACACAGAACACAGUGCUGUCAGUGAUAGAAUUUGACACAGAACACAGUGCUGUCAGUGAUAGAAUUUGACACAGAACACAGUGCUGUCAGUGAUAGAAUUUGACACAGAACACAGUGCUGUCAGUGAUAGGAUUUGGCACAGAACACAGUGCUGUCAGUUCCGUUCACAAACUUUCAUAUGAAACCAGAAAAAGUGUUUUUAACUGGUUAAUAGCUUUACCAGCCAUUUCAAUCCACCCACAUGAUCGGCUCUUGACCAAUAGGAAUCGAUAAACUGAGCUGUUUAUGAAUUGCCAAUAAGGCCAAGAAAAAAAGGCUCUAGUUUCUGGUCAGGGGCUGGCUCCAAAAGUGGUGCGGUGACACAUUUUUUUUCCUAGAAAUGAUAUACAUUGCGACUGUAUGCGCACGUACUGCCAACACUGAAAUAGACUGGCCCCCUCAAUACAAAGGGCAUAAGACCACCUCAUUUAUCUGGUUCCUAAAAGUACAUGUAUAGUACAGAAAUGACAUCAUCUGAAAAGAGAAAAAGAGUGCCUGACUAAAUGUAUGGGGCUAAGAGGGACUCCUUUACUGUACCCAUUACUCAACCUUACCCCAUCUAAAACAAGUUAAAAUUAUGCAGUAGCAGGAUUCCAGUUGAUCAAGAAAGUUUGGCAGCUUUUGGACAUCACAUUAUGCCACAUCAAAUACUUUUUUUGCCGACGUGAAAUGAUGACACACGUGCUAACCAGAAACCACAGACCUUUUUGGGCCUAGUCGUGUGUAUGUGCAAUCAAAUACACGUAAUGCUUUUCAAGCUGGACUGGCUUCCAUAUCCCUAAUGCGUUCAGUGAUUUCAAACUGUAUUGACAUUCAACAUACACCAGGUAGGCUGAAGGCUGCCCUCUCUAGUUCAGGGAGGGAGAUGAUAACCAUCCAUUGUACCAAUUACAUGUAUUCGUAUUAACAUCUGAUCUUUCUUGCUGUUUAGUGUCUUUUUUAAUCUCCAGAACUGAAUGAAUUUUUUUUUUUCAGAAGAGUUAUAUCUGAAAUAAUUUGAGUUUAAUCAGUAAAACUUGCAGUUCAGGUCUAGUGAUUUUUCAGUUUAGCUGUAAAUGGGGUCAAGUAAUGUGGUCAAGCUGUGUUUUAUGUUGAAAGAGACUUACGAAACGACAAGUCAGACAGUUUUAACAGUUUUUACAGCCUGUGAUAUUUCUGCUUCUGUAGAUUUUAUUGAAAAAUAUUUUGAGAGACAGGUUCAUUCACCUCUGCAGCUCUAAAAAGUAUAGCUCCAUGCUUUACCCAUAUACAGUAGAAAUCCACUGAAUGAUAGAAGUAAUUAGCAUCUUAAACUUCUUAUUGGUACCAACUUUACGAUUAUCAUAAAGAAAAACAGUUAUUUUCAUUGGCAAAUCAUUGAUGCUAACUUUUGCUUCAAAUGUUGUUUGCAAUUGUACAUGUAUCUUGGCUUGAAAAUUAUGUAAGCUGUGUUUGCAUAUAAAUUUUUUUGAGUAGCAGUAUUUCAUACAUAAAAGUACUCAAAUAAGGACUUUUAAUGUAAAAAACAAUAGUAUUUAAAUCAGCAACUUGAGAUGACUUCCAACAUCGAGAAUUAUUUUUUCCUACCUCCAUGGUAUAAUGAGUGAUGUGAGUGAAUGCAUGUACUCAAAAUAUACCUCCGUGAAUAUACAAGCUUACCGAGAUGUUUGGAACAGGUGCAUGUGGUCCACAGCUAGACAUUUUAUAAGGAAUUCUUGAAAACACAAGUGUGAAAACUUGUAUACUCACCUGUGGUCAAUUUGCCAGACCACUGCAACUGUUUAAACACCUGGGAACAGUGAUGGUAAACCCAGGCUGAGAUCUCAGCUGUUAUGUGAGGAACAGGUUCUGCAUGAGUACCCCAGUAUGUCAGCCAAAAGGUAUCUACAGCUCCAGCUAACUGUCACAGCUCCAUUGUCCCCAUCAGUCUCCUAACCACAUUAUCCAAAGAAUAGUUUGUUUUCUGUUGGCUUUCAUGCAGCUUAAAGCUCUUGAUUCUCAAGUGUAUGAAGUGUAACAGUGUUGCUAAUGGCUGAAAAGACAGUUCAGUGAGGAUGCUCUCGCGUGCAGCCGAUAGGGUGAGGGUCAGGGAGUAUAUGGUCAUUUCUCCAGCCAGCCUAAUUGGUAACCGAACUCGGAACCGGCUCAGACGAGGUAAAUGUCUUUUGAAGGGUCUGAGCACACACCCAACAAUAGGCCCUAGGUUAGGAUGUCUGCAUCAUACAUGAGGACAAACUUGUUGCCGGACCUUUAAUUAGUUUGUAUGGGGACUAGAUUAGAUAGUUUGGCAGCUUUUGACUAGGCUGUCAACGCUUUAAUUGAAUUGCGAGAGAAACGGCUGGCCAGAGUGUUGAGCCGAAAUAUAGAGGGCUGGAGAAAAAUGGCCAAGUUGACAUUUGGAUGAAUUUAUAACUUAAAUACAAGAAUCUGAAAAGGUUCUUUAGUAAUGAUUUAUUGCUUUAUAGUAAGUUUUAUUUCAGUUGUUUGUUAAUGUGACCAUUACUUCAAAAUGACGAAGACCGUAAUUUUCAAAUUUAAUACAUGUACAUUUAAUGUAACUGAAACGUAGAGUACUCUGACGAGAACUGAUAUGAAUUCUGUAUUAUUUGGGGGUUUCAAAGAAUAUAAUUCUUUUGAAAAA